GCCGAGCCGUUGACAUCGGGAUUCCGUGUCUGCGUAGGAAGAGAGCGGCGCCCGGGUGUUACAGACGAUGGGUCCUCAGCAGCGCAUAAUCGGCUUCUGAAUUGCGCGCGAAAGCGAUCAAGGCAAAAGUUGUUGCUGUGUCGGCGCCACGGCGUUAUUGUAAUCCUGUUGUUGUGCAUGUGCGCGAGUGACGUUUGGGGGGCGACCAUUGCGUAGAAGCACCCCGAGGUGUCCAGGGUUUCGGAAGACGAGAGACAACCAACCUCGAGGCAGACGACGUCGCGGCGAACUUGUAAUGUACGAAACGGCCAUGGACGCCUGGAUGUAUGACGUGGUCUGCAUGAUGUCCGGUACUACAGCUGAAAGUAUGAUAGGAAGUAAUAGAACUUUAUCUAGUAUCAAACAAGAAAUCGACAACACUACAACGCCGUCACAAAAUUAUCAAGUCUGUUCACCAACCACAACACUGCAACAACAAGAGUCGCUAUGCUCGAAGAUGGAUGUGCCGGAUUACGGUGGCAGUGGGGGCAGCCCUGGGAGUCCAGAAAUGCAUCAUUGUUCUUCAACAACGCAACCUCUCGGUACUCCGGAGGAUGGCAUCAAAGAGGAGGAUAUGAUGCCGAGGAGAUUAUGCCUCGUUUGCGGAGAUGUUGCAAGUGGCUUUCAUUAUGGAGUCGCAUCAUGUGAAGCUUGUAAAGCUUUCUUUAAAAGAACGAUACAAGGAAAUAUCGAGUACACCUGCCCAGCGAACGGUGAAUGCGAGAUAAACAAGCGCCGGAGGAAGGCCUGUCAGGCUUGUAGAUUCCAAAAGUGUCUUAGACAGGGGAUGCUCAAAGAAGGAGUGCGAUUGGAUCGCGUGAGGGGAGGCAGACAGAAGUACCGGAGGAGCACUGAUCCUUAUGUACCCGGGAAGACAAUCACACUUGAAGAUAACAAAAUGGUGGAAGCACUAAUUGCCUGUGAGCCCGAUAUGUUGCAGGUGUCUACCUUAUCACAUACUUUGGACACUGAUCAGCGGGUUCUCGGUCAGUUGUCGGAUCUGUAUGAUCGUGAGCUCGUUGGUAUAAUUGGAUGGGCAAAGCAAAUACCAGGAUUCAGUAGUCUGCCACUCAAUGAUCAGAUGCGACUACUGCAAAGUACGUGGGCCGAGAUAUUAACUUUCAGCCUUGCUUGGAGAAGUAUACCAAACAGUGGAAAGCUUAGGUUUGCUCAGGACUUUACUCUCGAUGAAAGACUUGCACGCGAGUGUCAUUGUCAUGAGUUGUACAUGCACUGUAUGCAAAUCGUGGAGAGGUUGCAACGAUUGGGUCUUGCCCGUGAAGAAUUCUACGUAUUGAAAGCUCUCAUCCUAACCAACAGUGAUGCGAAGUUGGACGAGCCUCAUGCCCUUCACCGAUUCCGUGAGAGCAUCCUCGGCUCUCUCUCGGACUGCGUGAGUGCGGUGCGCCCAGGCCAAGCGCUGCGCGCAAAUCAGAACAUGUUCCUAGUGCUGCCGGGCCUACGUCAGGCCGACUGCAUCGUCCGUAAGUUCUGGUCCAGUAUUUAUCGCACCGGGAAGGUUCCAAUGAAUAAGCUCUUCGUGGAGAUGCUCGAGGCGGCCAGCUAUCGAUGAGAGUCUGGGUCCGCAGCAACCCGAAGCUUUUGUCGAUGAAUGAUUGAGGUGACCAUCGGAAAUGACGAGAAUGAGAAAUUGAAUUAUCAUGAGGCUCGUGGAGCGCACGAAAGUUUCUUGUGUUUCAUAGCGCUGGUCGUUAGGCCGAUGAUUAUUUAGUUUUAAAAACAAAUGCCUUGAUACACACCACUUUACAUAUUCAUAUACAAACUACGCACUCGUACGCGCUUGUAUGCACAUAACAUAUAACAUGAGCGUUUUUCUUUGUUGAAUUGAAGAGUGUUAAAAUGUUUAAUAUAAUGUUUUCGAUAAGAAACCGGGAAAAAAUAGGUGGGUGUGUGGGAGAUAUUAAUGCAAAAGACAAAGAGAGAGAGAGAGAGAGAGAGAGAGAGAGAGAGAGAGUAAGAAAGAGUUAUGAAAAAUAGAUGGCUAGAUAAAUAGACAGGUAGAUAUAUUGAUAGAUAG